AUGGCCGCAGUUAUGACUGCUCCCCAUGACGAGCUUGGCGUCAAUCCACAAACCGAUUUGCUCGAUAGUGACCAAGAUGCCGAGGGCGAGGAAGAUACAGAUCUCUACCAACUGGACCAGGAAUUGCAGAGUGCUGUUCAAAAGGCGGAUGCUGGCCAUGCGGCUGAAGAUGACGAGGCUACUGCGGAAUCGGAUUUCGCCGAGGAGAUUAGGAGCGGAGACGAGUCGGCAGAGGAUGCAGCAUCAAGAGACGAUGAAAAUGACGAGGAAUUCGAAGGGUCUCGGAGGCUACGUCGAGGUCGAAGAGGUGCAGUUUUCUCGAAGUCAGAUGACGAGGAAAGUGAUCCAGAUGUCGCAUUUGAGAAUGGCCUAGAUGCACAUUCAGGUUCGGAUUCAAACAGCAACGUUUCAGACGCAGAGCCUGAGGACUGGGAUGCUGAAAGUAAUGGGAAGGAGGACGAACAUGAUGGGGAGAAGAUCUCUCGGGGUAAUUGCAUAUUUUGUGGCCAGGAUGAGGAUCAUGAUCCGUCCGAGGAUUUUGAGGAGUACCUGACUUGCGCAGUAUGCGGUGAUCACUCCCAUCGACAAUGUGCUCGAGAGCAAAGCGCUUUCAGCGAUACCGAAGAUGCGGAAAGUUGGCGAUGUGUCACCUGCGUUCAGAAUAAUUUUGAGCCCGAUCCUGGUGAAGAUUCGGCGGCUCUACGUAGAUCGACUGCUCAAAACAUUGCGCGCGAUCUAUUAGCAGCUUCGACUGGCACCCAAGGGCCUUCUUCUCACUCUAUUUUCACUAAUCUCAUAGUUGACGAUGAUCCCAUGGACGGAACGCGGUCACUUCGAAAAAGGAAAAUCUCCUCUGCCGACCCAGAUGAGCAUGUUCCUGUAUUGCGGAAACGACAGCGGCGAACGCCUUCUCAAGGGGCAACAGAUAGCGCUGAUGGGUCUUUCGACACAGAUGGGUUGCCACGCACACGACCGCGCAGGAAGCGCAAGUCAGACAAGAAGCUUUGUCGUGUCGUGGAGAGCGACAUUGGCAAGUGUGUCAUUGCCCUGCACCUCAACUUUGUCAAGAUGGCAAAGAUUCUCAAUUCGCGCCCAAGACCCCUCAAGGCAAGGCGGCGACGACAACAACCCAAACCACCGCCUAUAGAAGAUGAACCACUUACUCAUUUCGCCCCUAUCGUUCCUGCUUAUACGACCGCACCCUUCUAUUCCUUUCACGAUCGUGAAGUUGACGAGCUGAAGUCGAAACCGUAUGGCGGGAUAUUAUCGGAAGCUGAUGCCGAUACCAGCAGAACUCUUCCUACGCAAGCUGAUCGAGAGAAGUUCGAGUCUGCGCGAAGGAAAGCAGAAGAAGACUGGCAAAGAAAAGUCAUGGAGUCAGAGCCUAUUGGGGAAGUCAACCAUCGUGCAUCACAGAAAGUAUCUGGUCCGCCGAGCAAAAUCAAAUGGAUCAACUUUGGUGGUUACGAGAUCGAGACAUGGUAUGCCGCGCCUUACCCUGAAGAAUACAGUCGCAACAAAGUGCUCUACAUUUGUGAAUUUUGCCUGAAAUACAUGAACUCCGACUUCGUCGCAUGGAGGCACAAAUUGAAAUGCCCGGCGAAACAUCCUCCAGGGGAUGAAAUUUAUCGAGAUGGCUCGGUGUCAAUCUAUGAAGUGGAUGGACGAAAGAAUCCAGUCUAUUGCCAAAACCUUUGUCUCCUAGCGAAGCUCUUCUUGGGCUCAAAGACUCUAUAUUAUGAUGUUGAGCCCUUUCUCUUCUACGUCAUGACUGAAUUUGACGAACUAGGAUGUCAUUUUGUGGGCUAUUUCAGCAAGGAGAAACGGCCGAGCUCAUCAAAUAAUGUCUCGUGUAUCUUGACUCUGCCUAUUCAUCAGCGAAAGGGAUACGGCAAUCUUCUCAUUGACUUUUCCUAUCUUUUGACGCGAGUUGAGAAAAAGACUGGAUCUCCCGAGAAGCCCCUGUCUGACAUGGGUCUGGUCUCUUAUCGCAACUAUUGGCGACUUGUUCUAAGCUAUCAGUUGCGCAACCAGAAGACGCCGGUUAGCAUUGCGGAACUUUCUGAUCGCACAGGCAUAACCGCAGAUGAUAUUGUUUCAGGCCUAGAAGGGCUGCGUGCUCUUGUCAGAGACCCAGUCACUAAGACCUACGCACUACGGCUGAACUACCCGUAUUUUGAAGAGUACAUUCAGAAUUGGGAGGCCAAGGGGUAUGUGAAGCUCAACCCGAAUGCCCUCGUAUGGACGCCAUACAUAAUGGGCCGAAGUAACCAAUCACAUUACGAUCGUGCACAACUGCACACUGUCGCUCCUAGAGAAGACCUUAAUGAUGAAGAUGAUAUGGACACGGAUGAAGUUGGCGCAAUGCAUAUUGAUGGUAACGGAUCCGCGAAAACUAAUGGUGACCUAGCCUCAAAAGGAGGUAUAUCAUCGUAUGCACCAGCUGGUCCUCCGACGACAGCAUUUUCUUCGUUUGGGGAAGAGUCGACCUCGUUAUCUCAAACCAACGGCGACACGGGCGCGGUGGAUCCAGCAGCUAAUAUUCCCCCGACUCGCUUUGAAAUCUAUCCUCCAGUCCAGCCACCAGUCUUCAAACGGCGACCCGGUAGGCCAUGGGGCAGCAAGACGAAUUACAAUAGAACAUCGUACAACACGACACCACGUGGUCCACGAUCCGCCCCCCGACGCACUUCGACAUCCAUGUUUGGAAUUGGGUCGCAAGCGUCUGCUGGUGCUGACGCUGUUUCCUCGGCGCGAAGGAGCAGAAGUGGACUGGCGUCUGAGCUUUUACCAGGGGCCGAAAGCCUUUCAGUCAGCAUGGGCAUGAACAGUAAUCAUGAUUAUGAUCCGGACAACGAUGAGCCCACACUGCCGGAUGCAGACGAGGAAGAAGGCGAACAAAUAGAAGGGUUCACGAACGGAACAUCUAUUUCUGAGUCGGCAAUGCCAGAAUCGAAUCACGCAUUAUCCCCAUUGCCAGCUGAUGCCGAUGCCGAUGCCGACGCUGAUGCCGAGGUCGAAACCAACCAGUCUGGGACAAAUGGCAUCGACGUUCCCACCGAUCCCAACUCUAACAACGAGAGUAUUACCGCCACCGCUGUCAGUAAUAAUGUCACUGCAACCAGUACCAACAGCACAGGCAAUCUCACACCGCGUCGAACUCGCCGAUCCGCAGCCGAUGAAGAGAAAAAGACGAUCAAGCUGUCGUCUACCACUAGGGCCAGCAUCAAUGGAAAUGGAACAGCAACCGCAAACGCAAGCGCAAACGGAGACAGCGACGUUGAUGCAGAUGGCGAAGUCGACGAGGAUGUGCAGAUGUCAUGA